UGGUGGCUGAUAUCUGCCCAUACUUCUGCCCCUAGGGAAGUCUGCAGCUGGGGGCCCACCAGUGGACACUUUGCUGAGGGCCCCCUCAAAUUUUGAGCUGACCCUGACAAAGAGAAAUGCAGCUCACCAGGGGAAAUAGCAAACAUUGCCUAACGCUUUGAUGGAUCGUGACCCAGGCAUCAUUUAUGGAAAACAAGCGCUCGAUUGCAGAGGUGAAAUCUGACGAGCCUAUGAAGUCAGCUGGGCUGAGAAAUUAUGAGAUGCCCACCGUUGCUGAGAGCACUUGGUGGUUAGGCAGAGAUCUGAAUCGAAAUUUCUCUGGAAAGUAGAUGUCUUCUGGUCCCCGCAUAUCAAUUCUUACCAAGCCAUGGAAAAUGCCUCCAGUUCCUCAGCAUUCCUGUCAACCUUAUCUGAAGGAGAAGACCUGGUCUUUGGAUCCCUCUACACUCUCUUUGGUGUAGUCUCUCUCUUUGGAAACUCUCUCCUGCUGCUGGUAGCUUAUCGGAAGAGAGCCGUCCUGAAACCUGCCGAAUUCUUCAUCGUGAACCUUGCCAUCAGUGAUGUGGGCAUGACCGCAACCCUCUUCCCUCUGGCCACGCCAUCCUUCUUUGCACACAGGUGGCUGUUCAACCAUGCUAUGUGCACUUUCUAUGCCUUUUGUGGAGUUCUCUUUGGCCUGUGCAGUCUUACCAGCCUGACAGCCCUGAGUACCGUUUGCUGUAUGAAAGUCUGUUAUCCGGCGUAUGGCAAUAAGUUCUCUCCCGCAUGUGCUGGGGCACUGCUAUCUUGCGUCUGGGUUUACGCCCUCAUCUUUGCAGUGGCCCCUCUGGCCAACUGGGGCAGCUAUGGGCCAGAGCCCUAUGGGACAGCUUGCUGCAUCAAGUGGAAAGUGUCCACCAGAGAAACGAAGUUCUACAUCGGGGCCCUCUUUGUCUUCUGCUACAUCAUCCCUUGCCUCCUGAUCCUCAUCUCUUACUCCCUCAUCCUUUGGACUGUGAAAGUGUCCCGAAGAGCCGUCAGGCAGCAUAUGUCCCCGCGGACCAAAGCCAACAGCGUCCACACUCUGAUCGUUAAGCUUAGUGUUUCUGUGUGCAUUGGAUUUCUUGCUGCGUGGACCCCCUACGCUAUUGUUGCCAUGUGGUCAGCGUUUGGCGACGCCAGCCAGGUGCCCGUCUUGGCCUUUGCCCUCUCUGCUGUGUUUGCCAAGUCUUCGGCAACCUACAACCCUCUGGUUUAUCUGUUCUUCAAGCCCAACUUCCAGAAGUUCCUUUCCAAGGACCUCUCCCUGUUGCAAGCUGUCUGCGCCGUCUUCUGCUGCAGCCGGCCAAGGGUUAUCACCCUCCAGUCCUUCCACACCCGAGAUGGCCGGGCUUCCAUGAAGUUCUCCACCGCUUUUACCGACCACCGUGGAUCCUGCAGGAACUGCACGGACACUUUUGAAUGUUUCAGUAACUAUCCCCGGUGCUACAGGCUCUCUCCGAAGUCGGACACGACCGCCAAGGCCAAGCCGCUGGCGAUCCUGGCAGACGGAACGACUUGCCGGCCAAGUCUGAAGAGAACCGUGCAGGUCAUGGUGCUCGUGACGAGGAAGAAGACCGGGAUGGGGACUAGGAGUCUGGCUGGGGAUGUUCUGCCUUCAAAUAUUGUCAGAGAUCUUAUGUGAGCGAGGGUUCGAAGCCCCCUUUCUGCCUAGACCAAUCAGGAAUGUUUGGUUGCCAUUUCAAAAUCCAUUUUCUUCUCCAUAUGUAUAGUUGUUUCCAAAGUGUGCUUUGCAGGCUAGGAGAUACUGCAAAUCUUACACCAGCAUUCCUCGCCCCUCUCAGAAUUCCCCUCCAUUGUUUCUUUAAACAGCUGCAAUUUUGUGCGAACAAUUUUGCACCUGUUUCCCGCCCCCCCCAAAAAAGAUCAAUAAUGCAGAGCCAAAAAAAAUAAAAAUCCUGCCUCUUUAUAGGUUCCAUUUGGCAUUUGAGAUGUCACAGUGCCACUACAGGCAACUCCCCACUUGCGCAAGAUGUCCUUGUGCAUAACUGCGCAUGCGCACAACAUCUCUUUGGACUCUGGGGAGGGUAUCCUCAUUAGGCAGAGGCACAAUGGGGCUUUUGUUGAGGCUGCUCAGCUGACAAGCAGCAGUUCAGCUGACCUCACACAUCAGCUGUUAGGCGGGGAGGCUGAGCAUCCUCAACAAAGCCCCACUGUCCCUCUGGCUCCUGUGGAGACCCUCCCUGGACAACACACAUUUCACUUAUGCUCAUGGGGCCCCGGAACAUAACCCCUGCAUAAGUGGGGAGUCGCCUGUAUUGAUGUGAGGCAUAAAUUUGAGUUUUGGUUCCACACCUGUGCAGUCUGCAGCAUGCUAACGUUCACUUGCACAACUAACGUUCAGGUCAAUCCAAGUGGUUGCUAUUGGAGGCAGGUACAAUUAACCGCUCACAUAAUUGGACUGUAAAAGAUUAAUCCAAUCGAGCUGCGUCAGCUGCAGCUCAAAUGCAGAGGAUCAGAUCAUCAGAGGUGUGCAAGGCCAUGUGGAUUGGUUGAACAUCCGUUCAGCCAACCCAUGCCUUCGGAACGGCAGGCAGGUGCAACGGCUCGUACAGUCAUGUUGUUCAUGUCUACAGUGGUGUCACCGUUAGGUUCUCCUCUGCCCCACAGUUCUCCUUUUAAAAGUUCAUCCUGAUCCAGCUGCAGGUGCAGACACAGCCCGUACUCAUCUAAUUCCCUACA